AGGUCUGCGACGACGUUUUCACGUACGGCGACUUCGGCGCAGACAACUCGGGGAAGAAGACCAACGAGACGGACAAGAUCAGGCGGUGGCACAAGAACAUAGACUGCCUCGUGGACUCGAUCAUCGAAGGCUUCGACGACCUGGUCAUCUUCCAGGAGUGCAUCGGCACCCAGCACCUCCGCCAGCUGAUCAACGGCAUACUCUUCGUGUACCUUGCCCUCUACCCGUGGUGCGUCAGCAACGAGAGCGAUUGGGUGCUGCUCUGCACAAACCUCGGGCUCGCGUGCGUGUUCUACGGCCUCGACACGGUCGCGCAGGAGCUCGAGACCUCCAUCGGCGGCGGCUCUUCGCCGAUCGACAUCGACGUCCGCUCGACGUUCCUGAACUUCUUCGCGGCCAUGCGGGAGGAGGAAUCCAGCUGGUUCGCGGGCGGGCCAGGACGUUCUUCCAGGAGCGCGCGGCCGUCGGCAAUAGGUCCCUGAGCGAGCUGCACGAGGACUUCGUGGAGAGGACGGACAGGGACAUCGCCGAGAGGUACCCGAUGACCCCGAAGGCGGCGCUCCCGUUGGGCUACCAGCCCUGCCGGCAGGCACCGCCGCUUUAUCUUGCCGUGGAGAACCUGUCCGCCCUGCCGAUCUCCCCCACGCCCUCGCCCUUCUUCCCCGGCGCCCCGUCCAGCGAGGAGGCCCUGCGC